GGACCACCAAGGGAUGAAUAAAUGAAUAGCGCUGUUCUUGCAUUACUUGCUGAAUACUCGAAAUGUUGCAUGAAAGGCGUUUGGUAGCUUUCACUGCAGAUGAAUAGGGUUCUUGAUGAUCUCACAAGUUUUUGAAAUGAUAACUACCGUCAAUAAAUGGGAGCAGUGCAAAAGACGUUUCUGAUAAAUAGGGUAGGUGCUUUAGGAGUAGGUAGCUGCAUGGCUGUUGUCGGGCUCGAUUGCAGUAUCGCACGCGAACAUUGUGGGCUCAGGUGAAAGAAUGGAAGCACUGUUCUGGGUGAUAAAUGACACGCCAACUUGCUGACGAACGUGGAGCGCGUCCGCGUCUCUACAUGAUCUGAACCCGAUCUGAACGCAUGUGAGCGCUGCUUCUUGGUUGAAGUCUGCCUUAAUUAGAUACCCAUGUUCCUCAUUGUGGACGGUAGAUCUCGCCGGAAAAAGCGACUAUUCCUACUUGGCGCAGUGACCGUGUCAAUCUUCCUCGGCCUGGUUCUCUUUUCCCGUUCUGUUGCUAUAACAUCCCAACUAUACGCUCGACAAGGCCUAGAAAAGGUCUUUCUUCUCAGCGACAUUCCUCAAGCCAAUCGCUCUCAACCGCAGCAAAAGACAUUUGACCAUGUGUUUGACGCGUACAUCCAACGGCAUGAGCGGGCUUUAAGGAAUCUAGAGGAUGCCGAUACAGCGUUCGUCAAGGUGGAGUUUCUACAGGCAGGCCUUGGAAACAAUAUACCUCAAAUCUUAAAUGGAAUGCUGGUAGCGUUGCUUACAGGACGAGUACUGUUAGUUGACUACAAAAAGCUCCCAGAACUCUUUGAAUCCAAAAUCGAGCUCAAUUGGUCAAAGUACGAGAGCAAACUAACCUCGUCCGCUGAAAGCACUUUCAUUUACAUUCUCGAACACGGGAAUCAUGAUCGGGAUAGAACAUGGCUGACUUUGGCUACGAGUGACUUGAACGAGGUUUAUGGAGCUCACCGGAUAUGGGGGGUCCGCGGCUUUGAUUAUUCAGCCCCUCUUCUGCAAGCAAAUCCACAUUACCGGGCCAUCUUGCAAGAAUGGUUCCCGGAUGGCCGCAUAUUUUAUCACGUUAUGCGGCGAUUUAUCAGCAUACACAGCGAUAUUAUGGCCAAAGUGCAUUCUUUCAAGUAUUCACAUUUUGGAAAGUAUACGAUCGGUAUCCACGUACGGCGUUUGAAAAACGAGAAAACAGUGCCACAGAUCAGAACAUAUGCAGAUGUUGCUCUUCAAGUGGCAAUGCAAUCUGGUGUUGCGCUAGAUGAUAUCCGGUUCUUUGUGGCUGCAGACUCUCCCUCGGCGCGCCAGGAGCUGUCGUCAAUGUUGGGAAAACAUCGUGUGAUAUACACGCCUAUUGACGUGGUAUCCACGAACGAAAACAAUAACCCAGGCGGAUCGUUGGCAGACGGGUUGUGGGAUAUGGGUUUGCUGAUGCAUUGUGAUCAUCGGAUCGUCACCUUGGGAUCCUCAUAUGGUCAAAUUGCGGCGGCGUGGACCGGACUGCCGUAUCUGACUGUUAUGCAUCUUUAUGAGCGCAUUACGACAGCAACGGAAAUUCUCAAGGUGCGAUACUGGGGAUCAGCCUUGGGAGAGCCGUGCAUGUACGCAACCUUGCGAAUAUUAUCGAAGGAAGUCAAAGGUGGGAAAUGGGCCGAGGCUGCACGAUAUUUGAAGGAGAUGCCAGGCUAUCUGCAUCAUAGCCAAUGCCAUUGGAAAACGUGAAAUGGAUGAAGCAAUGAACUAGACAAAGAUCUUGGCUGAAAGCUAACAUUGUACUUUGCUGCUUGCGUAAAUAUAAGCUGGUGUGGACAUGUGA